GUUUAAUUUAAGAUGUAUUGAUGAGAUGUCAGUGAUAAGAUUUGCUCAUUUUAAGACCUGAGCAAGAAAGGAGAUGUCUUUAGAACAGUGAACGUCUCACUGAGUUUCCUCCCAAUGGUUGUGAAGGCCCAGUGGCUGGAGGGCCUGGAGACUCCAUACCUCUGGAACGUCUCCGAGCUGUUACUCCCGAGGGAGCGGACAUGUCUCCUGUAUAGACUACAGGACCAGGUUAGGAACAUCAGCCACCUUACCUUUGACAACUUUGUGAUAGGCCUUUUGUUGGGAUACGAGCUGUUUGCCACAGCCAAGGAUGUAGCAACGGCCACCUCUAGCCUGGAAGUCCUGGAGAUGGAUUUGUUCAAGAUGGACAUUGUCAGUAACUGUUCCUUCUAUAGGGAGAUCAGACGGGCACAAUGGCACACUCUGCUGGCCAGUCGGUCAGUCUUGCUGGCCAGCAUCGGCAAACUGGCAGAGUCUAGGAGGGUCGUGGAAGAGAAUUUUGAUCCAGUUACAGUCUUCAAUUCAGCGGAGAAGGCUGCAACCCUAGGAAUUAAAAGUAGAGCAUUUCUUGAGUACGGGCCCAAAGCCUGGUCUGAGGCCCUACGAUUGGCCAAGGAAGCAAUUAUGAACAACGUAAAUGAACCUGAAUGGCAUUUCCUCGCAGGCAAAACACUGGAGAAAAUUCGACUUGGGAAAGGGCUUGAUGCUGUAACAACAGAAGAGGAGAUUCAAUAUUUUGAGAGGGCCGUUGCAUUGGGAAAAAGGGAAAAUCAAGAGGUAUAUCCAGCAAAUAUAUCUGACCUGAUAGCCAAGCAAGUAAAAGGCCAUAUUAUAACCAACAAACAAUAUGAUACUUAAUACUACAAGCUUCAUAGUGCUUCAAGCCACCCAAUGAGUAGCGUCGUUGUAAAAUCUCCAAUUCAAUAAUGUUAUGUAAAUGUAAAAUCUGUUAAUUAUUAUAAUUACCGAUAACAGCGAA